AUGAGCUUGACGGGUGACGCGCUGGUGCUGGUGGAGCCGGGAACACCCAACGGCUUUGCCAACAUCGCGGAGGCGCGCGCGGCCCUGCUCACCAGCGAAGGCCGCAAGGCGGCAAAGGUCGCCCGGCGCGCCGCCGCUGCGGGCGGGGCGGGCGUCGACCAGAACCUGGCCGCCAAGCUGCGGCGCUACGGGGCGCAUGCCGCCGCGCCCUGCCCCCACGACGGGCACUGCCCCCUGGCUGGCAGCCGCGCGUGGUGCCACUUUGGGCAGCGCUUCCACAGGCCCAGCUGGAUGCAGGGUGUCAAGGCGCGGCCGGGGCAGCGCACCAGCUCCCGCGACCACCAGGACGAACGCUUCUCAUACGUUGUCAUACGCCUGGAGCCGCAGCCCGGGGAGGAGGAGGAGGGCAGCGGCGUCGCCGCAGCCGCACUACGGCUGGGGGGCGUCGGUGCCGGGGCGGGCGCCGGCGCUGUGGAGGCGUCGUCCUCCCGGCCGGCUGCGGUGCUGCCUGAGGUGGCAGUGCAGCGGCAGGUGCUGCUCAACAGGCGCGCGGCAUGGCGGGCCCUCGCGGAGGGGCAGCAGCAGCAGCAGCAGCAGCAGCAGCAGCAGCAGCAGCAGCAGCAGCAGCAGCAGCAGCAGCAGCAGGGGUCGCAGGAGUUGCAGGUGAUUGCCAGCUCAGAGUUAGCGGGGGGCGCUGCAGGGACUGGGGCGCCGCGUCUGGGCAGCAUGUUUGCAGUCGACUUCUCCGCCGUCAGCGGCGAUGGCAGCGCUGAAGCUGCUGAGGCCGAUCGGGGCUUGACGGGCGCGGCCACGCCGGCAGGUGCGGCGCUGGGGGCCGCCGCCCUGGGCGGCGAGCAAGACCAGGGUGACAUGCUGGCGCCGGGGCUGUAUGGCAUGGACGGCGGCGAGGACGACUUCGAGGGGGCUGGCGACGAGCCCGGCCUGUCCCUGGAUCAGCUGGUGGCGCUGGCUGGUGCCCUGGGGGAGGGCGGGGCAGAUGUCAGCGGUAGUGGGAUCAGCAGCCUCGCGGCUGCAGGGUCGCUGGAUGAGGACGGCCUGGCGCGCCUGGAGCGCGUCAACGCGCGGCUGGGGCCGUUUGGCUCCGGCCUGGUGGGGCGGCUGGUGGCGCUGGAGGAGCGGGGCAUUGACUGGGCUCAGGGCGUCCCAGCCGGCAGCGCUGCUCUGGGGCACGUGGCUGCAGUGGGGCUGAUGGAGGAAGAGCAGGAGGGGAGUGACGCGGAGGGCGAGGCGGUCGCUGGCCCGCCGCAGCAGCGCGGCUCUGAGGGCCCCUUGAGCGCAACGCCUGAGGCCAGCAGGGCAACCAGCGGCGGCGGCGGAGGUGUCUUUGUGGACGAGGGCCGCCACCCCAGCCUGUCGCCGGCGGAGGAGCGGCGCCUGGCUCUGCGCCAGCUGGCGGAGCGGCUCGGCGGCGCAGUGGCGGCCGCGGCGCUGGCGCAGGCGGCCGAGGAGCACCCUUUGGGCAACGGCGGCUCGAGGGGUGAUGGCAGCGGUGCUGGGGAGCGGCGGGAGGACGGUGGCGGUGGCGGGGCCUAUGGCGCAGGUGGUGUUGGCGGUGUAGACUGGUCUGUGGCGGACCCUGAGAGCUAUGGGCUGGCGGCGGCGUCCAGCUACGGCUGGUCAAG